GUUGCACUCAUCAGCGGCUGUCGCCGAAAAGUUUCCUUUGCCUUCCACCAUCAUCCAACGGCGACGUCGACGAAAUGGCAAAGAAAAAGAAUAAGCAGAUCAUCCGCCCAUGGUGCUGGUACUGUGAAAGGGAGUUUGAAGAUGAGAAAGGUAACUUCUUCUAACACGUCUAGAAGAUGGAACCUCAUUAACAUGAACCUUUAGUCCUCAUGCAGCACCAAAAGGCCAAACAUUUCAAAUGCAACAUGUGCCCCCGUCGGUUGAACACUGCUGGCGGUUUGGCCGUACAUAUCCAACAAGUACAUAAACUAGAACCAGAAAAGUGCCUCACAGUCCAUUCACAUUCAGUUCGUUUUGUUGACUUUGUUUUGUUCAGCCUUCCACGAAUCGAGAACGCUAUGCCAGGACGUGACGGGUAUGAAGUGGAGAUUUUCGGAAUGGAGGGCAUUCCUGCACCUGAUGUUGCAGACUAUAAGCGCCGCAAGGAAAUCGAGCUUGGUCUAGCUGCAGGUUCUAUAUCUCAGCCUCAGCCCAAGAGACCUAAGAUCGAAAAGAGGCCUUUAUCGGAGGACGAGCUCAAGGCUCAACUAGAAGCCCAUAAGGCCUUGAUGGGUGGUAGCAGUGAUAAUCCCCCCGCUCUGCCUGCAGCUGACAGUAGUGCCGGCGCGGUAUAUGGCGCUCCUCCGCAGGCAUAUGCUGCCCCUCCUACUCAAUCUCCCGGCAUUCCACCGCCAGGCAUGCCUCCUCCUUCUGGUAUGGUACCAGGUGCGCCUCCAUUUUUCCCGGGCGGGCCUCCCCCUGCCGGCGCUUUACCACCAUUUCCGCCAUUCCCUGGCAUGCCCGGUUUCCUUCCAGGGCAUCCCCCUCCUGGCUUCCCGAUGCCUCCUCCUGGUUUCAUGCCCCCACCGGGCAUGCUUCCCCCAGGUGCGCCACCUUUUCCUCCCGGAAGUGUUCGGCCACCAUUCCCUCCGCCUCCUUCGUUUGUGCCCACUGGUUCAGCAUCACCGUUCCCACCAGUUACGCCAGGAUUUGGACCUGGCGCUCCGGCGCCAUCGGCUGUGGCUGUAGGGCCACCCCCUGCAGCAGCAGCGCCCCCUCCUUUAACCUUGCCAAACCCGGCCUUUGAACAGAGAUACGCGCCUUUCAAGAAACCGACAGAACUCAAAUAUGCAGACCCGAACUUUUCCCCUGAAGAGAAACGGGCUUACACUAAAAAAUAUUAUGUUGCUCGAGACUCGACGAAUAUGCUGCCAUUUGGCGUUGACUCUUCUUUUGCGGCUGAAGAGACGAGAGGGAAGAAAAGGGCCCGAGCAGAGGACUUCCUCUAGUGGUCAGGACUAUACUUUGCGUUAUGCUUGUUCCAAUGA